AUGAACAUCGCCCACCUUACCUCCCUUGCGUUCGACGAGUCCGGGCCGAUCACAUCCUCCACUUCCCGGGAACAGCUUUUACAUCUGAGGUUUAUCUUUUGCAGUGACCUUCGAUCUCCUAAAGUUCGUAUUAUAGGUCCAGAGCGGACUCCAGAGCAUGUACGGGUUCCCGGCGACGCGGUGCCGACUCAAACCCCCAGUAUCACGCUUACACAGGAGAAUUUCUUUCGGUGGCAUAAUCGUCGAAUUGUUUCCGUACUCUUCGACGCGUCGGGCAUAAAUGGUACACCAUCAGUACAUCCUGGAACCGGCGAACGCGGCUACCUGCGCCCCUUGGAACUUCCAUCCAUCCCGAACGGGAUGGAACGACUACGCAACCUCGAAGUACAGACCAAUUGGAAGGUGUCUUUCCGUUCGCUGCUGGGGAUCCUCGGACGUACCCCCGCUCUCCAGACGCUCUAUGUCUCCAGCCUCAACCGCCAUCAACUCGUCCUUGACGAAAGCCGGGCAGGCACGAUGUCCACUGUACGAUUGCCACUUCUGACGCAUGUGAUCUUAUGUGGCUACCUCUCACAAACAGUGGACGAAUUUCUCUCCAAGCUCAUCCUGCCCUCCAACGCGUGUGUACGUGUCUCCUUCCCACAUCCUCGCUCAGGAGUCAUGGCUCCAUUGCGCACCAUGCUCUCCGCCGCCGAACAUGUCUGCAUCACCUAUGCCAUGACCCCAGGGAUCGACCACAAGCGAUACACAUUCGAACUCUCCGACGUCGACAAACGCAUCCAGGCGCUCUGGGAAUGGACGCAGCCCGCAGACACGGCGGACGACCUCCACUACGACUGGCUCGGCUCCGGCGCUCUGAGCAACGUGCGCUCCCUGACGGUGUCCCUCAGCAACGUCGGGAUGACGUUCUACAAGUGGCUUAGCCUCAUCGAGCCAUUCCCGCACGUGCGGCAUCUGUCCGUGCAUGAUAUGGAUCCGCCCCGGAGGAACUGCCGCCACACCAGCUUUGAGGUGUGCGAGGGCCCGCUGACAAGAAGCCGCCGAUGGCACCGGGUGGCGCUCGCGGUCGGGCUCUUCGAGUUCUUGGAGGACCCGUCCGGCUACAGAUACUCGUACCCCUCGGAAGAAAGCAUCCCGGCUGGCAUCUUCAACCCGCUGUUUGGGCGUGACGACACACGAUCGCUGCAACAGAAGAGGUGGGACUGCUAUGAUGCGUGGAGAGCCAACGUGAACCGCGAGUGGACUGAACAGCACUGGGCUCAACACAUGGAUCCCAGAAACUCGCGUCGCUGA